AUGAUAAGUGGCAUAACGGAAGUUCCUCAAAUACUUGUUGAAUCGACUUCAGCGGAACCGGGAGAGGAGUUAACCGUUCCACGAAAUCCGCAUAAACAGGAUGGAUGGCUUUCCGUGCCAGAUAUUACCGCAUCGAUUGGUGCUCCUUUGUUAGACGAUCAAACUAACGGUAGUGCCCAUUUGCUUGAUGAGCACAGUCCACAACCGUGGCUUGGAACAUUAUUCAUUACCGUGGUAUCUGGCAAACCAGAGCGGAAACCGAUUCAUCACGAACCAGUUUGGGUACAAGUGUAUCGAAAAUACCCCUCGGUCGGAUCACGAAUCGGACUCAGGAAUACUGAAAGUCAGUCGUACGCAUUAUUUUUCCCGGCCACGUUUGGUGGCAAAUGCGUUACUCGCACCUCUCCCAAUCCCUGUGUUACACCACUGUUGUGUCUGAAUCUACGGCAUGCCACAGUUGUCCCGCAGGAUGCGAAACGAUUCAGCGUGAUCACUCGUAGCGGAGACUGUUGCUCUCUACAAGCCGAGGUAGCUGAUGACGGUGACUUGGACUAUUGGUUAGAAAUUUUUCGACAAAAUAUAAAAGGACAAACUUUCCCGGCCUUCCCAUCUGCAAAAAAUGGGCGAAUGGUUCGAUCGGCCCCGAAUUCGCCGGAAAGAAAAUGUCGCCUUGUCUGCCCCAACGGGUUUGCUCUUGAAACCAGACUACGGAUUCACGAUUCUACGGAACCAUUGAAUGAUAUCGUUGAAGAUGAGGAUGACGAAUGA